CUUGAGAGCAGUUCUCACUGCUUGUAUCUAUUUAAAUAAAAUUACUAUUAUAAAUUUUACUAGUGAAAAUGUUGAAUAGAAACUGUGUUGUUAUUAUUAGCACUUUGCUGUUUCUCGGUGAUGCAGCUUUUGUUGACAAUUUAAGUCAAUGUGAAAUAAAAGAUACAAAUUGCCAAAAGAAUUUGUUUCAAAACAUACUGAAAGUUCAAAGCAAGACGGGAAUCCCCGAAUACAAUAUACCAGUGUUCGACCCAAUAAUUCUGAAGGACGUAAACGUGCCGGUUCUCAACGCGGCUAAUUUGACUCUGGUCGAAGGAAAACUAAAGGGGUUGAGCGGUUGUGUCUUCAAUGAUUUCACGACGCACGUCGACAGUGGACUCGCAUCAGUGGACAUGACAUGUGAUCUCACGCUUUCUGGGAAGUACACGGCUUUCUCGGACAGCGAACUAAUCAAGUCAGUCUUGGGAGGCGACUCAAUUAGAGGCGAUGGGAAAACUAAAGUCAAGAUAGAAAAACUUAAUAUGAAAUUCGACUUCAAGUUUAAAGUCAUUAAGAAAGACGGCGAAACUUACCUAAAGGGUAAGGAUGGCAGCUUAUCGUACAAAUACGAUGUUUUGGGCAAGGUUUCAUUCGCCGCCAACAAUCUAUUUAUGGGCGACCAGGAUGUCAGUGUCACCGUAACAAACUUGUUGAACCAAAGCUGGAAACUCGUCAUGCAGACUGUUGGAAAUCAGCUGAUGAGCAAGGCCAUGGAAAGAGUGAAGGCCCUCAUCGGAAAUCUCUUCGAUCACGUUCCUACUAAGUACUUUAUUAGCGAAGACCUAUCAGCUUACGUUACGAACUAAUUUAAAUUCGGAAAAUGCCUUGUGAUAUUUGUAUUAAGUCCGUUUAAUUGGAAUUAAAAACAUAUGAGUUGUUGAGCAAUGAAAAAAAGUAUUAAUAUACGACUAAGGAUUAAUCUUGCCUUUUUUUGUACAGUUUCUUUAUAUGUUUUUCUUCAUAACCGUCCUUACCCA